UACCACCGAUUGUGCUAUGCCAAAGCGCCACUGAAGCCUGUGGCUCCUGAAGACAUCCCCGGGAUGCUCAACUCAACUCUAGCAUUUCUCUCUGUUCCACGUGUCGAACUACGGAUUACGGGUGAUUUUGAGAAAGAACUUGAGCCACUCUUGAAGGAACUUGAUAUUUCAAAAUUCUCUGGUGACCGUGCUAUCGUUCCUUGCCUCGAGCAGCAACUUCCCUCUAUUCAUCCGAGAUUCCCAGGUGCCAUAAUUUUGAAAUCUCGCCAAGGAUUGUGCAGAUGCGCAGGCGUCAAUACGCACUCUCGCUUUACGACCGAAUCUGAGAUUCAAGUAUCAUUUGGAGCUCUCUUUGGCUUGUCAGAUAACCUCUGCUCUGGGAACGAUUACUCCCUAUACAACCUUUCAGACAAAAUCCUAGAACAAUUUCUUCCAAGCGAUCUGUGGGUCUUCAGAGAGGUAGCUGCUGUUUCAGGCAGCCAAGAAAAUUUCAAUGACGCACGCCAUCUUUCCUGUAUUCUGCGUGAUAGUCUGGAGAGCAGAGCACAGGCAAAUAACGAGAGUCUCAUAAUUGCUGCAGCACUAGCCCAAACCCCCAAUGGGGACAGUCGGUCCUACGUCGAAAUUUUGUAUAGCCUAGGAACAGUUGCCAAGAAAAAGGAAUGGUUUAGAAGAUAUGUUACCGUGCUGUUCGAGCUUGUUCUUCCCCCGCUGGUCCAGUGCGGAAUUGGACUGGAAGCUCAUGGUCAAAAUCUAGUGGCACGUAACCAUGUAGGGUUACUACUGGGUGCAUUGGGACUAGAGAGUCAUGGUGGAUGGGCAAUCGCCCUCAAGGUUUUAUCAGCAACUUUGAGAUCUGAAGAAGGAUCUCCUGGCAGAAGCUUGCUGAAUUAUUUCUGCAAGGACACAAUGCCCUUAAAGUGCUUUCUAAGAAUGAGAAUGAGAGCAAGUACAGGGAUGUGA